AUGUCUAAUUUUUCUAAUAAUAUAAAUGUAGACAAACAUACAAAAUCAAUAAGUGAACUUAUAAAUAGAGCUAGGCAGGUUAGAAAAAAUGCAUAUUGUCCUUAUAGUAAAUUUGCUGUUGGUGCAGCUGUAAGAACUGCAUCUGGUGAAAUUUUUAUCGGAUGUAAUAUUGAGAAUUCCUGCUUUUCUCCAUCAAUAUGUGCAGAACGAGCAGCCAUUUCUCAGGCUGUUAGUGCAGGGCAUAAAGAAAUUGUUGAAUGUGCUGUUGUAGCCUAUCUACCGAAUGAAUAUGUUUACCCUUGUGGGGUUUGUCGACAAACGCUAGCUGAAUUUGCAAAUGCUAGCAAAGACAUAAAAAUUUAUUUAGCAAAGCCUGAUGAAUAUGAUGAUAAGUUUUUUGUAUCUUCGAUUAGUGAACUUUUACCGGGUAUCGGAAAAUUGAAUCUAAAUUAA